AUGAAGGUGACGGUGUGCAUCGGCCUCAUCCUCGCCAUCCUGAUGCCCGCCUGCCUGUGCCGACCCGCGGCCGAGGCACCGGGGGCUGCGGGGGACCCCCACCGGCUCCCCAACAGCCUGGUCCGGCGGGACUGGCCCGACUCCCUGUCCCAGGAGCAGAAACACCUCAUCUCCCGGUUCCUGCCCCACGUCUUCACAGAGCUGAGAGACCCCAAGGGCUCCGUGCCCAGGGACGAGGGGAUGGAUGCCCUGCACGACCACUACUACCCCGACUGGAUGGACUUUGGCCGCCGCAGCGCUGAGGACUCAGUCGAUGCCCCGUAG